CACUGGGGGAGGAGGACCCGCCUAGUCAAACUUUGCUCGGACGACGGUCGUGGGUGCAACCUGGUGACGUAGUCACGCCAUAGCCGACGAUUUGAAACUUGUUUCAUUCACGACUUGUCUCUUGCCCGCUUAAGGUCCGUCUAGUUUAGACAAGUCAAAUCGCUACGGAAUUCGUCCGAAACGCCAACAAAGCGCCGUACGCGUAGUUAUAAGAUUAGGCAUUGCCGGAGGCCUCUGGACUGCCAGCAAAGCGUCGUUUUUUAUACACGUACUACGGCGCCGCCGCCGCCGCCGCCGCAGCAACAGCAGCAGCAGCAGCAGCACAUGGCAGCAGCGUCGAAAUCGGUAGCAUGCUGAUCUCUGCCAGUUUCAGGUUCAGUCCCGGCCUGCCGUGUGUAAGCUCGUCCCACCAGAGGCCUAGACCAGCAGGUGUCAGAUGGAAUCAAGUCCACGCUGGCUCUCUUCUCCUUUCGUUGGCGAUCCUAGCCGUUCAUCCCGCCAGGAUUCCAGGAACGUCGGCCAGUUUACACUCGUCUCAGUCGCAUCCGGAGCGGCUUUUAGCUAAUACCGGGACGAGUCUGCCUUCUCAAGCAGGCUUCGUUAGUAUCAACUGCGGGUACUUUGGCCCCCCGUUUGUGGAUAAACUCACCGGAAUAAGGUGGCAGCCGGACAAGUAUUUCACCACAGGAGUGGUGGACAAAGCGCCGCCGCCCAAGGGCAAGCAGUGGGGGGCCGAUGACGUGGAUGCAACCAUGCGAGUCUUUAAGGAGUACCCCGUUAACUGUUACAACAUCCCUGUGGCAAGGCCUGGGCGCUAUCUGCUGCGCCUGGUGAUGUACUAUGGGAAUUACGACAAUGCCAAGAGCCCGCCCGCAUUCAACGUCUCCUUUGGGAUCUCCUUUGCGGCGACGGUGGUGCUGGCGCUCAAGGAGCGGGUGGUGUCUGAGAUCAUAGGGCAGGUGGACUCGACCGAGCUCGAGGUCUGCUUCGUCAGCAUCUACGGCAAGCCUCUGGUGAACGCCAUAGAGCUGAGGCCGCUGCCGCCAGCGUCCUACGUGUCCCUGCCCGACCCCACGGGGGUGAUGCUGCUGUGGUGGCGCCUCUUCUGCGCCAACAACACCCGCUUCAACCGCAUGCUGCGCUACCCCUACGACCCGCUAGACCGCAUAUGGGAUGCGGAUGGCGUGCUAGCAACGAGUGGGGGGGCAGCCUCGUCCAGUCUCAUGUUUGACUAUUCGCCAGAAUCCAUCGUUUUUGGCACGCCGGUCAGAGUCAAGGCGGCCAUUGGCGCCACAGCCAGCGCUGCUGCAUUCGGCAUUGGGGAUUCGGGGAGGGUGGUGGUGGGAGAAUCACCUUCUGAAGAAGCAGUAGAAGUGGCACACGCGACGACAGCAACAACAGCAGCGAUAGACACAGGGGCAGCAGAAACGCCAGCAACAGCAACCACAACAGCAGCAGCAGCAGAAGCAGCAGCGGCAGCAGCAGCAGCAGCAGCAGAUCAAGCAAGCACCGGGAAUGGAACCCUCAAUGCCGCUCCCUCGUUCCUCGAGCUGACAGCUCGCACGAUGCCCCAAGCACUUAAAGCCAACGGGCUGCAGUACGAGUUCCAAUUCCUCGAGAGCCCCGCCAACUUCCAGCUGAUCCUGUACUUUGCGAACGUGGAGGGGCGCGUGAAGAGGGCCGGGGACAUGGUGUUUGAUAUCGAGCUCAAUGGCCAGCUGGUGUUUGCGGGGUUCGAUCUGUUUGAGCAGCUGCAGGGGAAAGGGAGGGUAGGAGUGGCUGGGAUGAGUGGCGUUGGCGGAAGGGGUGAUGCUGGUGGUGGUGGGAGGGAUUUGACUGCGCAUGCUGCUGCGGCUCCUGGUGGCGGUGGUGGUGAUGUGACUGCUCGUGCUGCUGCGGUUGGUCUUGCUGCUGCUCCGGCCGGUUUGUCGCCUCCUGCCUUUCCUCCUGCUGCUGCGGCUCCCACCGCCCCCCCAGCUGCUGCCACUGCUCCUCCUACCACCCACCUUUCUGCUGCUUCUCCUGUACCCGCGCCCGCUGCUGCUGCGAGUGGCACUGACAUUGCCCUGUACGGGCAGCAGGUGGUGAUGGUGUCAGUGAAUUUCACCAGUGUGGAUCUGUACACCCCUGCCACGCUGCUGCUGACGCCUGCGGUAACCAGCCGCCUGCCACCAGUAGUCAGUGGCAUUGAGAUGUACGAGGUGUUCCCAGCAGCCAAGCCAACGCCCGCUGCUGAAGUCUCGGCCCUGCGUGACUUCCAGCAGGCGUUGGGGGCGCCAGCGUCGUUGGCGGGGUGGCAGGGGUCGGAUCCAUGCAACCCCAUCAAGUGGGCGGGCAUACAGUGCACGCAGACGCAGGGGGAGAGCGAGUCCCAUGUCAGCGGCAUCUACCUCGGCAACUCCAGUCUCCACGGCUCCAUCUCCCCCUCCCUUGCUAACGUCUCCCGCCUCCAACACCUCUGGAUCAAUGACAACGACCUGGUGAGGGAGAUACCCAGCUCCCUGGGCGACCUUGGGGAUCUGCUCACGCUUCUGCUGCAGAACAACCAGCUGGAGGGGUAGUGCCUCAGUCGCUCACCAAUCUCACUACACUGGUGCAGCUAAACGUGGCCAACAACAGUCUAACGGGUGUAUUCCCUUUCAAUAUGACCACUCAGUACAUCCAGAUAGUAGCCACCGGCAACGACCUCUGCUCCCCACAGGGCCUCUACA